UUAGACAAAAGCGACUAGCGACAAAUCUAGCGACUUUUUUUGGUGAUCAGAGGCUCCAAGAUCGCGGGAGGGGUUCAGAGAAAGACACGGAGAGGGGCAGUGGAAGAGUAUGAGCAGCACUAUUAUAUAUAUAGUAACUUGAAGGCGUUACCUUAGAUGUUUGUAGAAGGUGGGAGGUUUCUUGAGUGAGCCUACAUAAAGGAAUAUUCAGGAAGUUUGCGCCGUUAUCUUGUUGGAUGAGCUUUGGAAGAAGAAGAUUCAAAAUGUCACUUAUCUCCCUCAUUCUCAGUUGGAUCCCCUCUGUUCUCCUCCUGCUCCUCUGUGGACUUUUCUCUUGUUUUCUGUGUUUUUGCGUGUACGUCAAAUAUCUGCACAUGAAGUAUGCGCACAUACCUGGACCUCCCAUUGACAACUUCCUUUUUGGGCAUAUCUUCAGUUUGGUGCGUAUCAUGAACAACGGCUUUGUACUUGACAAAUAUUUGGAGUGGUCAGAGACCUAUGGACCAGUGUACAAGCUACAUGUUCUGCACCACGUGAUGAUUUUCACCACCUGUCCUGAAACUACCAAGAAAGUCCUUGUGUCAUCAAACUACUUCAAAGAUACUGUGAUGUACAGCGGACUGAUCCACCUUUUUGGUCAAAGGUUUUUGGGGAUGGGAAUUGUCACCGUAGUGGACCACGACCACUGGUAUAAGCAAAGGAGGAGUAUGGAUCCUGCAUUCAGCAGCAUGAAUCUGAGGAGCUUCCUCAGCCCCAUCAAUGAGUAUGCAGAAAGGAUGAUGAGCAAUAUCAAUGAGGCUGUGGAAAAUGAAUCUGCAGCCAACAUGACUGACUUUAUAAACGCAUUCACUCUGGAUGUGCUCGCCAAGGUGGCUUUUGACAUCGACUCUGACACGAUGAAAAACAAGAGCGCGUUCACAGAGGCUAUUAAACGAUGCAUGAGCGGGAUCAUACACACUCGGGAUGCUUUUUUUCAGUUUAAAAGCGCAAAUAAAGCAUACGUCGCCUCAGUGAGAGAAGCUAGUCGCUUUCUGCGUGAGACGGGAAGAGACUGGAUCAGUCGGCGAAGAGUUGCCAUAGAGAAUAAUGAGAGCGUCCCAAAAGACAUUCUGACUCAGAUCUUGAAAAUUGCCAAACAAGAUGAGAAAACGACCGUAGAGGAUGGGGAGUUCAUGGUGGACAACUUUGUGACCUUCUUCGUCGCUGGGCAGGAAACCACGGCCAGCCAGCUAGCCUUCUGUGUCAGAGAGCUGGGCAGAUAUCCUGAAAUCUUGGAGAAAGUGAGAAAAGAGGUGGAUGAGGUCCUUGGGAUGAAACAGGAGAUCAAUGCUGAAGAUCUUGGACGGCUGGUUUACUUGACCCAGGUUCUGAAGGAGGUUCUGAGACUGUACCCAAUAGGCCCAUUGAUUCCUCGCCGGGUCAACGAGGAUCUUGUCAUUAAUGGAGUCAAAAUACCAGGAGGAGUCCAUACAAUUUUCAGCCCUUAUGUGGCCGGGAGACUGCCCAAGUUCUUCAAGGACCCACUUGUAUUCGACCCAGACCGGUUUCAUCCAGAUGCUCCCAAGCCUUACUACUGCUACUACCCCUUCUCUCUGGGACCACGGAAUUGUAUCGGGCAGUACCUUUCUCAGAUGGAGGCCAAAGUGGUGAUAGCGAAGUUGAUUCAGAGGUUUGACUUCAGCCUCACUCCUGGACAGAAGUUUGGUACGUUAGACAAUGGAACUAUCAGACCACAAAAUGAUGUCACUUGCUUUGUCAAAUAUAGAGAGGAGAAGAAAUGAGGGGAUUUAACAAUUUUGUUUCCCUGAGGGUUGGUGUUCCAGCUACAUAAAAAUAGGAAUCAAUUGGGACAAAUUCAGAGGAAUUUCUUUUGAUAUGUUGUUGCUGUUGCUGUUGCUAUUGUUGUAGUAGAACCCUCCGUAUCCUGUUCCAUUUGAAUUUCUGAGUCCUAAGUCGACACAUUCUUGGCUGUUGAUCUCACGAAAUGUUGGCCUCUGUGCUUUACAUCUGUGGAUUCUUUCUGCGUGAAAAAAAGGCAUCAUACAAUGGAAGAGAAAAGGUAAAAUAAAAAUAAAAUUUAAAAAAAUUGAGACAUUUUCAAAUAUUAUCUUGAAAAAUUGUUUUGUGUGUUUUAAAAGGUAUGAUGGUAUUAUAGAGACGGAAACAAAUUAUGUUUUAUGUUAGUUGUAACAAGAAAAACGAUCAAUGACUGCAGGUACAGGCAGAGAGUAGCUCGAUUAAGCUGCAGGGUCCAAAUGCGUCAUGUUCACCUCAUUCACAUGCAGGGGGGUGGCGCCGUGAGUUCUUCAGUCUUUACAGUUCCUAUGACCGUAAGGGAAACAGUCAAAGUUGACAGGUAUCGAGAGACUGUUCUAUUGAACCCUGUGAACAGCGAUCGUGCUGACUUAGUUUAACUUCGGAGGUCCAGAAUCAGUGCGUCGGAGCAACGGUGUCAUGGUGCCGUCAUCAUUGUCAACACCCUUCAGCAGGUUUUGGGAUCAAACUCACAUGUUUCUCAAUAAAAUUAAAUAUUAGAUUGAGUUUUCUGUGGAUGACUGGAAUGGUAGAUGUAAAGUAGAUAGUCCUGCUUUUGCUCACCAGUGUGAGCCCUGACUAACUUAGUAACCAUGCUAAGAGCUUAGAAUGUGUCUCAAUACAGAACCUCAAAGACCAUCCGCAUCAUCACAACCAUCGCAUCAUGAAAGUAGCAUUUAGUAGUCCUGCCGUUAUCACCAAGCGGUUACUGAACACAACACAACGUUCUAUUUCAGCGUGUUUAUUUGCCAUUGGUAAAAGCGACGAAGACUGGGGAUGUACCCCACCGGUCACUCUUGUGAGCCAGGAUUGAGAGUUUUCACCGCUCUUCACUCCCCUCUCUCUGUGUGACCGUAGUCCGAGUGUAGCAGAGAAGGUUCACCAGAGACUUUAGGCUACCUAACAGGUCAUUUUGACUGAGAGGAAAGACCUUUGCCUCUCCCCUUAUAGCCUAACCAUUAGAACCAUGGCCGCCCUGACGUCUGAGCGGACUCGCUGCCCAAAUAGGUUUCGCAGCCGUCGAAAGGAGAUGUGUGUUUCGCCGUGGACAAAGCUCUUUUUGUGUCUAGCAGGCGUCCCAUAGAUACCCCAGUAGUCGGCCUGCAGUGUUCGGGUGCAGGCAU